AUGGACCGUCUUAAUCGAAUGCUGCAAGCCGCCCAGGGCAUGGGAAUGGGAAGUGCUGCUCCGGGUGGUGACUCCCCCCACCUGAUCGAUAACUCCGAAACCGUUCACAUUUCAUCUCUGGCUCUGUUGAAGAUGUUGCGGCACGGCCGCGCUGGCGUGCCCAUGGAAGUCAUGGGCCUUAUGCUGGGAGAGUUUAUCGAUGAAUAUACAGUUCGUGUUGUGGACGUCUUUGCCAUGCCCCAGAGUGGCACCGGUGUCAGUGUUGAAGCUGUGGACCCUGUUUUCCAGACCAAGAUGAUGGAGAUGCUGCGGCAAACUGGACGACCCGAGACUGUUGUUGGAUGGUAUCACUCUCAUCCCGGUUUCGGCUGUUGGCUGUCCUCCGUCGAUAUCAAUACCCAGCAAUCAUUCGAGCAGCUUACCCCCCGUGCCGUCGCUGUUGUCGUUGAUCCUAUUCAAUCAGUGAAGGGCAAGGUCGUGAUCGAUGCUUUCCGUCUCAUUCAACCCCAGACUGUUGUCAUGGGCCAGGAACCCCGGCAAACAACGUCUAACUUGGGUCACCUCAACAAACCCUCGAUUCAGGCCCUCAUUCACGGCCUCAACCGCCACUACUAUAGCAUUGCGAUCAAUUACCGAAAGACUGGCCUGGAGGAGAACAUGCUGAUGAACUUGCACAAGCAUGUAUGGACAGAGGCUCUGCAGAUGAACGACUUCCAUGAGGAAGGCCAGCAUAACGUGGACCAGAUGAAGCAGCUUGUUAGCCUUGCCGAGGGCUACGAGAAGCGGGUGAAGGAGGAGACCGAAUUGACCAAGGAACAACUCAAGACGAGAUAUGUGGGCAAGGUUGAUCCUAAGAAGCACAUUGAGGACGUAAGCCAGCAGUUGAUCGAGGACAACAUUGUUGCCGUUUCUAGGCAGAUGAUCGAUAAGGAAGCUUCUGUGGCUCGGCAGGCGGGGUCCAAGGACGGUGCUAACGGCGCCUCCAUGGAGGUGGACGAGGAGCUUUAG